AUGGCCUCCACACGCUCCCUCCCCGAAGCGCGCAACCCGCUCGUCCUGCCCGAGCACACUCCGCCGCUCGAGAUCCUCAUCGAGCGCCGCCGUCUGGGCCAGACCAACCUGCACGUCAAGCCGGGGCAGGUCGGCGUGUCCAAUGCGACCAGGGCCGAGAACCUUGGUCUGUUCGACUAUGCCCAUCUGCGCGUCCCGCUUCCCAAAGACCUCAAGGGCUCGGGCAUCUUCAACCUGCAGAAGAACCAGGCUUACCCGGAGUCAUAUUUUCUAAUGCGCCGCAGCAAUGAUGGCUACAUCAGCGCGACCGGUAUGUUCAAAGCCGCGUUCCCGUGGGCGUCCCUUGCAGAGGAGGAGACCGAGCGCACUCACCACAAGUCGCUGCCAACCGCUGGAGAUGAGGAAGUGGCGGGCAAUGUCUGGAUCUCCCCGGACGACGCUCUCUCGCUUGCCGAUGAGUAUGGCAUGAAGGCUUGGAUCGUGGCGCUUGUGGACCCCGCGCCAAUUGAGAAGGGUACCAAGGACAAGGGCUCCCACGAGAUUUCCACUCCGCCAAAGUUCAUCGUUCCGGACAAGAACCAAUUCUUUCCUCCGGCAUCGGCCACCACCGUGCGCACUCGCGGCCGGGAGUUGCGCUCCGCCUCGCCCAGCAAAUCGUCUCCGCGUAAGAUCGCUUCUCCCCGCAAGCCACGCACGACAAGGAAGAGCGCGAGGGAAGCGCGUGAGGGGACGCCUAGUGCUCUGUCCAAGGAGCUCGAGUCUACUCCCGCGCCGUCGGAGCCGGCAGAAUCGGUUAAUGGCGAAGGGGCGUCGGUUGGAACCGAUAAAGUUCGCGUCGAGGUAGACGAGACGGUGACGAAGGAGGGGGAGGUUGAGACCACGACGACCGCCGUCAAGGUUGAUGUGCCUGCCGACCACCCGGAAUUGCCGCUCCCCCAGAGCCCAGAGGAAAUGGUUGCAAACGCACGCAAGAUGGUUGAGGAAGCCAACAAAGCUGAGGGCAGCAGGAGCGCGCAGAAGCGCAAGGCAGAUGACCUUUCGCCCAAUGAUGAGGAUGCCGACGAGAGGUCCAUGGAAGUGCAGCCGGUCAAGAAGACUAAGGUGCUAGAAGAGGAGCUGCGCAAAGAAAGGGUUCGAUCGAAGGCGUUCAUGGGAUUGAGCGCAACUUUGGCAAUUGGUGCGAUGAUUCCGUUCUUCCAGAGCCUGCUGUAG